GGGAGAGAAAAAAAAAAAAACAAAAAAAGGAAAGCCUUUAAACUUUAUCUCUCGCAAGACUCGAUUUUGUUUCCUAAAAUAUGAUAAUUUCUAAGCUCCGUGCUUUACAAAACUGGUUCUGACCGUUAAGAUAUGCUGGUUUCGCUCGUCUUCCUCCCUUCUUCUGUUCUUUUCUCCACCACGCUGAUUUUUAGUGCCACUCGUAGUUUUUAGGCGGGUCCCUUUUCUCCUCCUCCCCCCCCCCCCGCCCCCCUUCUUAUUUUUGGCUUUUAGAUGAUGGGGGCUAGGGUUUGGCCUAGGCGGAUCGCGACGUUCUGCGUGAUGGUGAUGAUUUUGGGGAGGCUAAGUUCCGCCACCGCCGACCCUAGAAGGGUUUCGAUGUGUCCUAGACAGUCCGUUGUAGAUUUGAUCGUUGAGCUUCUAGAUCGAAGCCAUGUUGGAGAUGGUACUGUUGAAGGUCCUGAUUUCGUUGGGGUUACCGAGGGUGAUGAGGUUUCAUUACAGAAGGCGCUGAGUAUGGUUUACAAGAAGAGUCAUAAACAUGUAGCUGUUCUCUUCUAUGCAUCAUGGUGCCCAUUCUCUAGGAGUUUUAGACCAAGCUUCUCCAUCCUUUCCUCUUUGUUUCCUUCCAUUCCCCAUUUUGCAAUUGAAGAAUCAUCUAUCAGGCCAAGCAUACUCUCGAAGUAUGGAGUCCAUGGAUUUCCAACCCUAUUCCUUUUAAAUUCUACAAUGCGAGAUCGGUACCAUGGCUCUCGGACUUUGGGUUCUCUUGUUGCUUUCUACACUGAUGUUACAGGCAUCAAGACUGUAUCACUGAACAAAGGAUCUCUGGACAAAAUUCUGCGCACAUCAAACCAUGAAAAGCAUGAUAGCAAUGACCAGGAAAGCUGCCCAUUCUCAUGGGCAAGAUCUCCAGAAAAUUUGUUUAGACAGGAGACGUACUUGGCUCUGGCGACUGCAUUUGUGAUCAUGAGAUUGAUUUAUAUAUUUUUACCUACUCUGCUUGUAUUUGCUCAAUUUGCUUGGAGAAGGCACAUUCAGAACUUGAGAUUGGGGAGCUUGUUGGAGCAUCCUUGGGCUUAUCUGAGUGGAGUAAUACAAGUAUUAAAUUCUAUGAAGCAGCCUUCCAGGAAACGUAAUUUACAAGGAGCGAUGAAUGCCAGGGCAUGGGCUUCCAAGUCCCUUGCUACGGUGUCAAUAGGAGAUGCAGCCACCAGCAGGGUACACCAGUAAUAGAAUGCUGGUGAGUUUUUCUGUCUCUGUCAAGUCCAGUGCUUGUGAUAUGUGAAAUAUGUUGACAUUGUAGUAUCCGUUUCUCAUUUGUUCAUAUAAUUUGGUGUAAAAUUUAUUUUGUCAUUCAAGAAGUAAUAAUUGAAAUCUACUGUGUAUAAUAUGGAUAUUGACAUUCAUGCGUUCAA